UAUAAAGCCACGUCCUUAACCCACCUACCAGUAAAAAAACGGAUGCUACCCUAUAUUUCAGGUGCUUUGAGGCUUAUCGCUAAAGGGGUACACUGACCCGUUCGUGUGAAACUCGUGAUAUUAUAUAAUAUUUUAAGAAGACUAAAUGUUUUAAUUCCAUAUUUAUUUUCGACUGUACAAUUGAAUUAUGAAGGUGAAAGGAACUGAAAAACAAAUCGAAAUCCAGCAUUCGGGAAAGCCACGAAACUUUUUGAGAGUUCAAGAGAAAAGAAGACGUGGACCAAAUAUUCAUUUUCUUAUGAUUCCUGAAAACAAAAUAAUGGGGAUGUACGAGUAUUGACAAGAGACUUGUCGAUAUUGUUUUAAAUGGGAUGAAAUAGCACGAGAGUAUCGUGCCGUUGCUGAUACAUUUUAGCAUGAAAUCGGUAAUUACCUUCAUCUUGUGAAAGGGGACUGAGGGAUGGAUAGCCCAAGUAACUUGAAGCCAACAUCCACGCAUUACUAUCCGGUAUAUUACAACUCCACCCAUGUUGCUAAUAUAUCUUAUUCAUCUCAACCUGGUGACAAGACCAUCGAUUUAAUUUUCCAAGCAAGUCUGGCUGUCAUUCUCUGCGUUAUAACUUUGGCAACAGCAUUAUCAAAUGCUUUUGUCAUUGCAACUAUUUCGCACUCACGGAAGCUGCAUACCCCGGCAAACUUUCUUAUAGCAUCUUUAGCCGUGACGGACCUCUUGGUAUCCAUCCUGGUGAUGCCCAUAUGCGUACUGUACACAGUAACUCAUACGUGGACUCUUGGUCAAAUUAUUUGCGACAUCUGGUUGUCUUCGGACAUAACAUGCUGCACUGCAUCUAUACUGCAUUUGUGUGUAAUAGCACUGGAUCGUUAUUGGGCUAUUACGGACGCGGUUGGGUAUGCCAACAGGCGCACGUCGGCGAGGGCAGCAGGUAUGGUCGCCACCGCUUGGAUCAUCGCUGUGUCCAUCUCUCUGCCUCCCUUGUUCUGGCGCCAAGUAAAAGCGGAUAAUUUGACCAGUUGUUCGGUGAAUACUGAUCACAUAUUCUACACUAUCUACUCCACGUUUGGAGCAUUCUACAUCCCUACUUUGCUGCUCAUCGUUCUUUACGGGAGGAUAUAUGUGGAAGCUCGAAAGAGGAUUCUGAAACAGUCACCAAAAGUUGGCAAAAGGCUCACGUCAGCACAGCUGGUCAAUAAUUCCCCUGGAUCUGUUGCAUCGAGUCCGUUACACUUUGGACGAAAAGACUUUGGGUUGAAUGAGACACAUGUGAACCAGGUGCAGGUGACUCUGUCCGACGCACUUCUGGAGAAAAAGAGAAUCUCCGCUGCUAGGGAGCGGAAAGCAACGAUAACCUUGGGUAUCAUUUUGGGAGCUUACAUAGUAUGUUGGUUGCCGUUUUUCAUCUAUGCACUGCUUGUGCCACUGUGUUCAUCCUGCUUUUACCCAGAGUUGUUUGAUUUUUUCACAUGGCUUGGCUACCUCAACUCAUUGAUAAAUCCAAUAAUCUACACCAUGUCCAAUGAGGAUUUCAAAAAGGCUUUCCACAAACUGCUGCGAUUUAGAUGCUGUGUAUCUUAAAGAAUGAAAGACUUAACUAAAGUUAUAUUUAAACAAAAACAGAUGCUGUAAAAUUGCAAUGGAUAAAAGUGACUUUCAAGCCAACAUUACUGAGGUAAAGUAUGUGUGGAAAUUUGAACCAACUAGAAGCUUAUUUAAAAUCAGUCUAAAAUCAGUGUAAUAAAGAUUAGGUGGAUACAAGGGGAUCAUUCACCAUUAAAUCUCACUGUCAGUUGCCAGGAGCUAUGUUGAUUGUUUAUUAUGCCUUGGAAAUUGUCAGACAAAAUUUGAAAUGAGAAGGCCAAGGUUAAAGUACAUGUAUGUAUUUGUUUCUGUUUGUUUUGGAACAAUCUGGGCAGUGGUGUGGGCUUUGUAUUGAGAUGAAUGUCAUAAACUGAGUAAUUCCAAAGUAAUAUUUGCUCAAUAAAUGCAGGUCUGGAUCAUAUUUGCUGAGCAAACGUGUAUCUAUACAGAUUCCAUGCGCUGUGCACACACCCUUCAGCUGUUUGCUCUGAUGGACAGUGCAAUUUUUUUGGCAGCUAAAGAUAAACCACCUCAGCACAUUGUUUUUUAAGAAGCCCUGAGUUACAGCUACAAUAGAGGUUUCAUAACUACAAAUACUAGGGAGAGACUCGGAGCAUGUUCAUCUUCAGUGUAAAAAUAAGACAGAAAUGACUUGUAACAUGUCAUGUGCCAUAGCACUAUUACCUUAUUUCUAAGGGAUAGCUGUCAGUGUGCUGAGACUAUAUAUUUCAUACGGCAUAAAUUAAUGUUUUGUAAUAAAAGGAACAAGAAAAAGUGAAGCUUUGUUUCAUCACAGUCUUUUCACAUUGCACUUUGUCAUUCAACCAGGCUGUGUGUACCAUUUCCCUGUGACGGAAAAAGAUGGAUCUCUGUGGUGUAACGAUUUGAAGGAUGAACCGUUUAUAAUGUGACCUACCACAAGACAAAAAGAACAAACCAACUGAAAAGUCAUAGUUAUCAUUUUGUUGGUAUUAAAAUUGAUCAGUUAAAUAAAGUGUAAAAUACAA